AAUUCGAUAAAAACGUCUCGCACAUGGAUAUUACGUAGAUAGAACUAGAUAGUAUUUUACUUAACGUCGAACGGUUAGCAUCGUAGGAUAAGUAACUUAAGUAACAUAGUUCCAAAGAUGGCGCCAAAGGUACCCAAUGUUGUCUUAAAUAAUGGCAAACUCUUGCCUGCAUUAGGAUUGGGCACAUGGAAGUCGAAACCCGGCGAGGUAGCCCAAGCCGUAAAAGACGCCAUCGAUGCAGGAUACCGCCACAUUGACUGUGCGUUAUACUACCUCAAUGAGGAGGAGGUUGGAGCUGGAAUCAAAGCCAAAAUUGAUGAGGGAGUUGUGAAGAGAGAAGAGCUUUUCGUUACCAGCAAACUGUGGUGCAACUUAAUGAGACCAGACUUGGUAGAACCUACCAUUAGGAGGAGUUUGGGGUACUUGAAACUAGACUAUUUGGACCUGUAUCUGAUCCAUUGGCCCACUGCCUUCAAGCAAGGAGAAGAAUACACUCCCCGUGGACCGGAUGGAAAAACUUUAUACGGUGACAUUGACUAUGUAGACACAUGGAAAGCUUUCGAAGAACUUCAGAAGAAGGGCCUAACUAAAUCCAUUGGCGUCUCCAACUUUAACAAAAGACAACUGGAAAGACUACUUAAGAGCGCCACGAUCAAACCAGUAACUAAUCAAGUUGAAUGCCACCCCUACUUAAACCAAAAGAAACUUACUGCAUUUUGUAAGUCGCUGGACAUCGUCAUCACUGCUUACAGUCCUUUGGGAUCACCAGACAGGCCGUGGGCUAAACCUGGCGACCCGAUCCUAGUGAAGGAACCAAAAAUCUUAGCUUUGGCUGAAAAGUACAAGAAAACCCCAGCUCAAAUAAUUUUGAGAUAUUUGCACCAACUUGGUGUGGUUCCAAUUCCAAAGUCAGUCACCAAAUCUAGGAUAGCAGAAAAUCUUGACAUUUGGGAUUUCCAGCUGAAUCCGGCUGAUGUUGCUGUUUUAGAUACAUUUGAUUGCAAUGGAAGAGUUUGCCAACAUUCAGAGGGCGCUGGGCAUCCUAACCAUCCAUUUGAAAACGAUGAGUGGUAAGAAGCAUCUUUACAAAACCUACCCCUCGAGAUCACAAUGGAGCGUUAUCUUUGUGUUACAACUGCCUUCUAAUAUAGAUUACAUUUUUUUUCAAUUGUUCUAUCUAUUGCAUUUAACUGUAUGUGUAAUUCUACCAAACAACUAAAGACUACUGCAUAGA